AUGGCAUUCCCCGGAGCCGGAGGACACCCCACUAACCUCAAUACUAAUGCUACCCCAAAUGCACAAGAGAACGAAAAGGAAAAUAAGUUCAGGGCUCCCAAAAGCAUCCUCAUCAUCGGCUCAGGCGUAUUCGGUCUGAGCACAGCCUUCGCUCUAACGCGCCGUUCCGAAAUCCCUUCAGACACACCCAUAACAGUCAUCGAUCGCUCGCCCGACCCCGACGUCUUCCCCGCCCGUGACGCCUCGUCCAUCGACUCGUCACGCAUCAUCCGCGCCGACUACGCCGACGUCGCAUACGCCGAGCUCGCGGCUGAGGCACAAGAACACUGGAGACGAGACAUCGAUAAGCCGGACUCUCUCGGCGGCGAUGGGCGCUACAACGAGUCCGGACUGCUGCUAGCCGCAGAGAACGGCGCCGACGGGGCCACCGUGCGUGCGGAUGGCCACCCCACAGGCCUGGGCUACACGCGGCGCAGCUGGGUGAAUGCGCUGGCGUUAGCACACGCUGAGGGCCGCUCGCUUGAUACUGUGCGGCUUCUGCCUUCGGGGUUUGGCAUUGCCAAGCUCUCGCGCACCGAUCGCGAAUGGGCCGACUGGGGCUACCUGAAUACAGCGGCUGGAUGGGCCGACGCAGAGAGGAGCAUGCGGUGGCUGUAUGACCGGGUUGUGGCAACGCAACGCGUGACCUUCGUGAACGGCACCGUCGAGACCCUUGAAACGCAGACACAAGGAGUAGAGCAGCAUGUCACGGGUGCGCGUCUCACCGACGGCCGCAAUUUCUCAGCCGACCUCGUUAUUGUAGCCACAGGCGCCUGGACACCUACACUCGUGGGUCUAGCGGGCUCAGCCGUCGCAACAGGACAGUGCGUGGCCUAUUUGCGAAUAACGGACGACGAGCAGGCCCGGCUGGCUGAGAUGCCAGUAUGCCUGAAUCUGACGGACGGGUGCUUCGUGAUCCCACCACGCAACAACGUCCUAAAGAUUGCAAGGCAUUCAUACGGGCCCGUCCCAAACGCACCACUCAAGCCCUGCCGUUCUGCCACCGGCGAAAAUAGCCAAGUAGACAAGAGUAACCCCAAACCCGUCAUCUCUCAGCCCCGUACUCACCUCACAGAUCCGUCUCUCAACAUUCCAGCCGAAGGCGCCGCGGACCUGCGUCGUGCCCUGCGGCGUAUGAUCCCCUGGUUAGGCGAUCGCCCAUUCUUCGAGACGCGCCUGUGCUGGUACACGGAUACGCCGACGGGGGACUGGAUUGUAGACUACCACCCCAGCUACAAGAACCUCUUCGUAGCUACUGGCGGCAGCGGCCACGCCUUCAAGUUCUUGCCAAUUCUAGGCGAAAAGGUCGUGGAUUGUCUGCUGGGCAGGCAUCCCAAGAAGUUUCGAGAGAAAUGGAUGUGGAAAGGUGGUGUGGGAGGUGCUGUGAAACGGAACGAUGGGUUAUCAAGUGAGCAGGAAAUGCUCCAAGAUGAGCUAGCUGUUGAACUUAGUGUGGCCACUGAAGAUGGAACCCGAGGGGGCAAACCUGGUCUCAUUCUUGUUGAGGAGAUGGUUGAGGAUGAGAAACCUCACAUAUUGUCAAAGAUAUGA